AAUAUUCAUUCCAACUAAAACGAAUAUAUUGUAAAAUCCGCAUAAUUUUACACACGUUCCAUUUCUAGAUAACAGUAAAUGAUAGAAAUGACUCCAGUAUUCCAACUUGUGAGAAUCUUCCCUCUUUUUCUUCAUUACAAUUUACAAACAUGCUACGCAUUUUAUAUACCUCCCCACUUUUCCUUAUUUUACCCACAUUAACUUCCAUUCACAAACAUAGAAAAUACAAGAAGAAAUAUUUUAAGGUGUUGUGCUCCUUAAUACCAGUAACAACUAACAAAGGUCAGCACUACACACUUUGCUUACCCAACAAAACCUCAUUCCAUUUUUGAAGGGGGGUUCCUCUUCUUUAGUGCAAUUCCUUCAAAUUCUUACAAUUUUUUUCUAGUUUUCUUUGCUUUUGCUUAAAUUCAGACUAAGAAUAAUUUUUUUCUAUCCCUUAAUCAAAUCAUAAUCCCAUGAAAGCAGAAAAGAAGGAGACCCACUAAGCAUGCUCAUAUAAAGAACCUCCAUAAAUUUAUUUCUUUAAUUUUCCCACUUACAGAUAAUAAAAAGGAUGUCUGUCUUUAUUUGCUACUAAUUUCUGGUUAAAACAAUUUAGGAGUUUGACAUUCUGUGUUAAAAAAUGGCUGAAAAUUGCCCAAAAUUGUUGAAUUUGAUACCAAAAGAGAAAGAGAAGAUGGGUAUGGAGGAAUUAAGAUAUGGGUGUUCUUCAUCUGAUGAUAAAAAGCUUGAACUUACACUUGGUUUACCGGGUGAUAGAAAUUCAUCAGUUAAAGAGAAUGAAAAAUCACUUUUCUCUCUGGGUUGUUUUUCUUCCAAGAACAACAAUGGUGGUGUUAUUGGGUGUGGGCAGGAACAGAAUCAUAACCCAUGGUCAUCUAUCUCCCAACAAAAUAAUUCUCCAUUUCUGCAAAAUCAUCAUAAGUACCAAACAUGUCCUAAACAUCAUCAAGGCUUGCCUGUCAUGGUAAAGGAAUCAUCACAGCCUAGUAGCACUAGAAUAUCAGAGUUGCAGACUGCAGAAGAGAAGGCAUUUUCACCACCUUCUGUAAAUACAGCUGUGCUCAACAGUUCUCAGAAAAGAGCUGCUCCUCCAGUUGUGGGUUGGCCACCAAUUCGAUCGUUCCGAAAGAACCUUGCUAGCAGCUCAGGGAAGGGGGUUUCUGAACCCCAGAGCGAGAUCCCAAGUAAGCCAGAAAGUCAAAAGUCGACCAAAGAGAAUAACACUCACAAGGGUCAGUUUGUGAAAAUCAACAUGGAUGGUGUUCCUAUUGGAAGGAAAGUUGAUCUUAGUGCAUAUACUAACUACAGCAGCCUCUCUUCUUCAGUUGACAAGCUAUUUAGAGGGCUACUUGCAGCGCAAAGGGAUUCUUGUCCUGGUGCAAUAGACAACAAACAAGAAGAGCAGAAACCAAUUACAGAUGUGCUGGAUGGAAGUGGGGAAUAUACUUUGGUUUAUGAGGAUAAUGAGGGAGACAGAAUGCUUGUUGGUGAUGUCCCAUGGCGCAUGUUUGUGGCGACUGUCAAGAGGUUACGUGUGUUGAAGAGUUCUGACCUUUCUACAUUUAAUCAGGUUAUGGUAAAAAAAGCAAGAUAAUCUUUAAGAGUUGAUGGAAGUAAAAGAGAAGCAUAACGUUAAUUGAUGCAUAUUCAAUUUGAGGAGUUGUGUAUUUGGUCAAUUUAUUAUCCUCUUUGAUUAUUGUGUACAAAAACAAGGAGACUGGUGGUUUUUGUUUUGGAAAUGUUGUCUUCUAUGUAGAUUGGUAAAUUAUAUCUUUGAGAUUGUCUCUUUUUGCUUGUGUGCUUAUUAUGUUUUGUGAUUUUUUGAAUUGAAAAUCUUAUGUGUUAAA